GUCCGCAUAUAAAUUGAGCUGCUGUCCUUUACUUUUCGCGCCUGCACCUUCGAGAACUCUCACACAAUACAUAUAAACGCCGAGCACCGUCACGCUAGUCACUGUGAUACAACAUGAAGAGUUCGACUGUUCUUGUUCUGGGACUCCUCGUCCUCGCAGUAUUGGCCUGCUGCUCCGCCGAAGCUAUAGAUGACAACCAGAAACAUGGCCAUCCCAAGCAGCACAUAGCUAGGCAACGCCGAUCUGAGGAUGAAGACCCUAGCGCCAAAGGUCACAAGAUAGCAUCUGAGAUGUCCGGUGGCAAGGCGGGUGGCAAGGGCAAGGGCAAAGGCAAGGGAAAAGGAAAAGGCAAAGGGAAGAAAGAAGAGAGUGACGAACAGUGAGCCACUCAGUCGGCCAGACGGAGCUACGGAAGGCCACCAAACCACCACCCACCUUUUCAAUACGAAUCCAGAUCAAUAAAUACGAUCUGAACAUAAA